GCAAUUUCUAUAUCAACAAUUUGAAAAUUUACUAAUCAAGAAUUAGCACUGGUGGAAUAUUUUUCCUUUAUUAUUUCUCAUACUAAUUUGUUCAUGCAAAGUGUAAUUGUUAUUAUCUUCUGAUCUUGCUGUUCAUAUUUAUUGUUCACCGCAUAUAUAAGGUGACGGUUAAACAAACUUCAUGGAAGAUUUUUGAAUUGUGUCGAACUGCGCAAAAGAGGUCCGAUUCGAGAUGAAAUACCGUGUAACCUCUAACUACAGUUGGUUAGGUGUUCGUGUUCUUUUAAGAAAUAAAGGAUAGACAAAGAAAUAGUUACAUGAAGAUUGGGAAAGUGAAAAUUUGUUGAAAAUAUGGAAAGUGAAGGAAAAGAUGAUUCAGUGACAUCAACAAGUUGCAGUGAUGCUAUCUGUUGAACAGUGCAAAUCAGAGAAGUCAUGGAAAUAAAACCUGCGGAAGCAAAACCAUUCACUAGUUUGAAAGAACUGUAUGAUAAUGUGGGUAAUUUGAAGAAAUGGCCACAAAUUAAGGACCUAAGAGAAUCAACUGAUUAUGUCUAUCAAGGUUUUGAAAUAAGUGCACAAGCAUUAAAUUUAACUAAGGUGGAUAGGCAGGAACAACCGAGAACAUUACUGUGCCAUGAUAUGAAAGGUGGUUACUUAGAAGACAGAUUUAUAGAUGGGUCUGAGUCUUAUAAUUCUUAUUUGUUUUAUCACUGGAGUGUUAUAGACACAUUUGUAUAUUUUAGUCAUUACUUUAUAACUAUACCACCUUUUGGAUGGAUUAAUGCAGCACACAAUCAUGGUGUAAAAAUUCUUGGUACCGUAAUCACAGAAAAAGAAGGUAUUUGGGAUGUAAUACUUGUGUCUCAAGAGGAAACAAGAAGGUUUGCAGAUGCUCUAAUUGUCAUUGCAAAGUUUUAUAAGUUUGAUGGCUGGUUGUUAAAUGUUGAGAAUACAAUUAAAAGUGAGCAGAUUAAUAAUCUAAUUUAUUUCGUGAAAUAUCUAACAGAAAAUAUUCAUGAAGCGGUCAGAGAUUCUGAAAUUAUCUGGUAUGACAGUGUAACCAAUGAAGGAAAGUUAAGUUGGCAAAAUGAACUUAACAAUCAAAAUGUUGAAUUCUUUUUAAAUUGUGAUGGAAUUUAUCUGAAUUAUAAUUGGACAAAGUCUAAGUUGCAAAACAGUUAUGCACUUGCUAAGAAUUAUAACAGGAAUGUGUAUGAUAUCUAUGUGGGUUUGGAUGUGUGGGGCAGGGGUUGUCCAGGUGGUGGAGGUUUUAACUCAGCAUAUGCUUUAGAAAAGAUAAGACAAGAGAGACUUUCAGUUGCCAUUUUUGCACAAGGUUGGACUUAUGAAUUUUUUGGUCCCACAACAUUCCUGGAGUUAGAAAAUUUAUUUUGGGCACAAUUAUUUCCUUAUCUGUAUGUACAUGUACCCAUAUAUGAAGGUGAAAUAUUUAAAUCAUCAUUCUGUCAUGGAAGAGGUAGCUCGUAUUACCGCUGUGGUGAGGUACAAUUGAACAUGCAUUUAAUACAGGACCAGAUGAAAACAUUUGGAGAGAAACCAUUCUAUAAUUUAUCUCUACAGAUGCCUCAGAUUUCCGUACCGGUACCGCAUUUAAAAUUUACAGUAUUUCCCCAACUUCCAGAGCCAAAAAGUGAAAAUGAUAGAAAUGAGUGUCCAAAAAUAUCUGAAGAAUAUGUAUAUGAAACUAAAUAUAAUAUUAUUCGUGUAUUUAAACAAACUGCAAAUAUUGAAAACAAAAUCCCUAUAUCAGAUGUAAAUUGCUUUGAAUUUUGUAAUGAAUUUUCUUUUGAGGGAGGUAGUUGCCUAAAAUUAAUUACAAACAACUCUGGAUUGUAUCAUCGAUUAUUUUUGGUUCACAUCGAAUUUGAACAAUACAUCGAAGCAAUUAUCGUGUACAAGGAAAUGGAAUCACCAACAAGGAUGGAUAUCCGUAGUGAACCAAUACUAAUUUUAGGCAACGACAGUGGGUUGAAAUCGAUUAUGUGCUUCACAUCAGAGAACAUAAAUUCUAAAUGGAAAAAAUGCACGUAUCUUACAAACAUGAAGACGGUAAACGAGAUCGGUGUAUCCUUUUCCUGGAAGAACGUCUGCUAUCUAGGGGAAAUUAUCCUACAACAAAAACAACGCCACACGAGCGAUCAGUUGGAUACAUCAGACUGCGUCAACAAGAUCAGCGAUUACAUCGUCAACUGACCUUCACCAUAAAAAGCCUCGCUUCAAACUACCUAACAAAGUUUAAUCCUCCAGAAAAAUCAUCCAUAAAUUUCUACAAGCUUAAACCACUCAUAUUGCAAUUAAUCUUUCGUAUAAAAAAGUGCAGAAAUCACAAAUAACGCCUAAAGUGGCUUGGAA